AUGCGAGCGGCAAGAUACUACGGCAAAGAGGACAUCCGCAUCGAACAGAUCCCGGAACCUCCCUGUGGACCCAACCAGAUCAAGAUCGCCCCGGCAUUCGUCGGAAUCUGCGGAACCGAUCUCCACGAAUACCUCGGCGGCCCUAACUUCUGCCCCGCAUCCAGACACCCCGUCACAGGCGAUACCAUCCCCGUCACCCUCGGCCACGAAUUCUCAGGCAUCAUCAAGGAAAUCGGUUCUGAUGUGAAGGCUGAGGGCAACAUCAAAGUCGGCCAGCCGUGCGCGGUGCAGCCGACGGUCUACUGCGGAAAGUGCGCCGCCUGCACGAGCGGAGCGGAGAAUGCGUGCCACACCGGCGGCUUCAUCGGGCUCAGCGGCGGGGGCGGCGGGCUGAGUGAGGCGGUUUCCGUGCCUGCUGACCAGGUGUUCCCUUUGCCCGACGGCGUGCCACUCGAGCUGGGCGCGCUGGUGGAGCCGCUUUCAGUCUCUUGGCAUGCCGUGUCAGCCGGGAACGUCACGCCUGAUUCGACGGUGUUGAUCAUGGGCGGCGGACCGAUCGGGCUUGCUGCGGUUCUGUGCUUGAUUGCGAAGGGAGUGAAGAAGAUCAUCGUCUCGGAGAUUGCGACUGCUCGCCAGAACUUUGCGAGGGAGUUCGGCGCCACUGACAUUAUCAACCCGAAGGAGCAAGAUGUUGUCAAGGAAACGUUUGCGAUAACAAAUGGUAUUGGCGCAGAUGUUGUUUUCGACUGUGCUGGGGUACCCGCUAGUGUUCAGGCUGCAUGUCUCGCAGUGAAGACCCGAGGAACAAUAGUCAACGUAGCUAUUUGGGAGAAGGAAAUACCCUUCAACCCCAACUGGAUCACGUGGCGAGAGAGCUCGUACAAGUCAGUCUUGGGUUAUCAAAAGGCAGACUACCAGGCUGUCAUCGACAACCUGAGAACUGGGGCUCUAAAACCAGCAUCGAUGAUCACUCGCAAGAUCCCCCUCGACGACUUGAUUGAUAAGGGGAUCAAGGCCCUCAUUACAGACAAAGACAAUCAAGUCAAGGUUUUGGUUGAUGUAAAUGCGAGCUUAUGA